GGACACUCCUCGAUGAUUCGAAGUUAUUAACUAAAAAUACUGUGUUUCGGAAGCAGGAGGCGGUCGUCACCGUCCGCACUGCCUCCUUUGUGAACUUGCUGUUUGAUCGGCAGCGGUGGCUGGAGCCGAACCCUAAGAGACAAGGUGACCAGGUGUGAUCGCCUGGUGCUGAGGGCAGCGACGCCACACUCACCUCCUUUACAUAAUGGCCCAGUUGCCUGCGGAACAGUCUGCAGAAAGUGAAGGAGAGCUACCUGAAGACAUUAAAGCCUGGACUAGAGAUCAUGUCAGACAAUGGCUUCUUAAGGAGAACCUUGUGGACCUGAAAGUUGUGAAUACAUUUUAUGAGCAGGACAUCUGUGGAGCUAGUCUGCUUUUACUUGAGAAAUCUGACUUGCAGAGCUUACAUAUCACACUAGGACCAGCAAAGCUGAUCCUCAAGAGAAGGGAUGAACUUGCAAAAUCUAAGAAAAAUCAGGCAGGCAGCCACCCAAGACUAUGUAAGCCCUAUCCAUUUAAUCGAUUCCACGAUGCCUAUAGAUACAAGGCAGAUAGCAUCUUGGAUGUCACAGAAACAGGUCCGUCAAACCUUACAGAGCCCUGUCAUGAGUUCAAAGCAUAUAUUAACACCGGAGAGUCAAGUCAUGAAGGUAAAAUGUCAAAGUUUACAAAGGAAGUUAUUAAGUUUGCUGCAGCCUGUAUGAACAGCCGCACCAAUGGCACUAUUCACUUUGGGGUGGGUGACACGCCAGACUUCAUCCAUGGGCAAAUUUUAGGGGUUACUGUCGAUGACAGGGAAGGUUUUGUUAAAGAAUUACACCACGCCAUAGAGGGUUCCUUUGAGUACAAACAUUUUGAGGAAGCCAAAAAAUGUAUUAAGCCACCUCGUUUUGUGGCUGUCCUCAACCCCAACAUGACAUCAUCAGAGAAGUGUGUAAUUGAAGUUGACAUUGUGCCAGCUCACACUAUAUGUCAAACAAACAUCUAUUAUGUAUUCAGUGUAGAUAGGAGGAAAUGCAAAAAGAAGAGUAAAAUUCAAGAUGGUGACAAAGAGGAGCAGAAGAGAAAGCUUUUCUUAAUCCGUGAUGGUUCCAGCAGCAGAAACCUUCUAGCACCAACCAGUCACAGUAAGCCCUUGGAAGAAUUCAACAGAUUUGUUGCCAAUAUCAGAAAACUGGCUGAAUCAAGGGAAACAGAAGAGAGAAAACACCUGACUGAUGUUAAAAGGAGUGUACAGGGCUCCAGGCUCGGUGAAAUGAUAACAGGUGGGUCACAAUCCUUGGAUAAGUCACGCUUUGAGAGAUAUAUUCUGGUGACUAAUAAAUCCCAUGAGGUGCAACUUGAAUCACUGGAAUUUAUUACUGAGUUAAACCCAACAGUUGUGCUAGACUUUGACUCGGAGUCUUCAGAAAAUGGGCUUUUUAAGUAUUUUGAUGAACAACGGAGGGUAAACAUUCACCUUCCAGAGGAGUACAAAAUUGUUGGACCAGUAGAAGACAUCGCUGCCAAGCUGAAACUAAUGAAAAACACCAGCUGGGUUUUCUGUAAUGGAUGUAAGACAACACAGGCACCCUCAGAUCUGGAUACCUGGUUAACAGAAAAAGCAGCAUCCGUUCGAGAUGUGAUUUCCUUUCUGUGCCGGAAGGACGUGCUGCCACAGAAAAGAUUUCUAGUUGUCUUUUUGCUAUUAUCCAGUGUUACUGACAUGAUGGAUCCCAUGUUGGAGACAUUCAGCAUAUUCUGGCAAGAACUCAGAGGUACACAGCAAAUCCUUUGUCUCUGUGAGAAUGAAACAGUGUUCACCAGUUGGAAAGACCUUAUUGACACCCGCUACCGAGUUGACAUCUCAUCAAGGUCCAUCUAUGAACUUAGUCUUGCCGAAAUUAAUGGCACCGUCCUUAGUCUCUGGUCAGACAACUGCAGAUCCAAUAGAUUCUUGCCUUGUAGUGGGGGAAGCAAAGUCCUUUUAAAAAAAAAGCAAGAAGACUGUUUGGACACUCUUAGCAUUCUUUGUGUGAACCAAUGUGAAGGUGGCAGUGAGGACAAGCGGUGUUUAGAAGAAACUUUUUACAAAGGAGGGAAAGUGUCUUGGUGGAACUUCUAUUUUUCUGAGCAACCAGGAUCUAUGCCAUUCAUCAAGAGGGAUGGAUAUAAAUCCAUUAAAAAAACUGUCAUUCCAGAAUUACUUACUUUAAGGCAAGGUUGUGUAUCCCUUCAUGUGUUACAUCUCCCAGGUUGUGGUGGCACAACCCUGGCAAUGCAUGUCCUGUGGUCACUGAAGGAAAAAUACCGUUGUGCUGUUUUAAAGGAGGGAUCUUUUGAUAAAUCCAGUGUUGCCUCCCAGGUGGUACAACUAUUGACAUGUGAGGUGGCAGAACAAUCCAUUCCACUUCCGGUGCUCCUGAUGGUAGAUGGUUUUGAUGAGAUGGAUUCUGUAUUUGAUCUCCAAUGGCACAUUGACAACGAGUUGGCCAAGAAGGACCUUUGUUCGAAAAGCCCACAAGUAAUACUACUCAACUGCAUGCGGGCAGAGUUAGUAGAGCACAGUGCACUGUCGAAAAACAUUGUCUUCAUUGGGAAUAAACUUUCAGAAACAGAGCAGAAGCAGUUUGAAAAGAAGUUAGAGGAAAUUGAGAAGACCUACAAGAAUGCUGAGACAUUCUAUGGUUUUAUGAUAAUGAAGAAAAAUUUCUUACCAGAAUACAUCCAAGGUGUUGCUCGAAAUACACUGAAGCGCUUUGAUAUUGAUCGCAAGCAUGCUCAGCUAAUUUCUGCCAUUUUUCUUUUGAAUGUCUACUGCGAGAAUUCAUCACUCUCUGUGUCUCUGUGUGAAGAAUUUCUUGAAUUGGAAACAAAGCCAUACUAUGCAUCCCACAAUGUAGAGGAUGAAUUUGGAAAGUUCUCCACUCUUGUGACUCGUUGUACUGUGAAAGCCAAAGUCAUAUAUGAUGCUGUGAAGACCAUCCAUCCUAUGAUGGCAGAAUACUGUUUAGAGGAACUUACAACCUCUUACAAUGUUUCCAGAGCUGAGCUGACAAACCUUCUGUUGAGCAAUGACAAGUUCUUUGUGUGUGUACAGGGGAAAGAUGAACUCAUGAAGUAUAUCCACAGAAUGUUAGUGAAAAGACGCUGUGUACGUGGGGAGCAGAAUAAGUUCUCUCCUCUGAUAGAGGCUAUUAUAAAGGAAAGAUCAGGGGCAGAAGAAACCGUGUUGCAUAAUGCAGUCAAACGGCUUGACAAAGAUGCCAUCAUGUGUCAGUUGCUUGCUAGAUAUCAUUAUAUUAAGAAGAAAGACUUUAAACUGGCUAAGGACUGGGCUAAAAAAGCUAAAGAUCUUUCUCAGGGAAACUCAUACAUUUUUGACACAGCGGCACAAGUGAUCAAGCACGAGCUGAAAUCUGCCUUAGCAAGUGCAAAUAAUCCCAUCACACCAGAAAUGCUGAAGGAAUAUCUGAAAAUGGCCGGUUCCGCUACAGAUGCUUUCAAGGAAACCCAGGAGACUGCCAAAAAGGAGGUAUCCCUAUAUCAAAUCAAGAGAGGUAACAGCCCUUUCAACACUGCUGGAUACCUUGGAGAAAUCCAAGUUGGAGUGAUGAUUUUGGAAGUUCUGAAAAGAACUCCCAUUUUCAGUGCUGGGGACCCUGUUCGUCAUGACAUUAUGAAGAUGUUUCUGUCAGGAAAAAUGAAAAUCCAGGACAUAUCAAAGAAAGACACGGUGCAUGCACCUUAUUAUGAUAUCCUGCAUGAAUUCAGUGACCUGCUCUGCAACUUACGGUGUAACAUGAAAAAGCAGUUUGAUUUCCUUGACUGCUUUUUUGUCAAUCUAGGACCAAAGUUGUCCCUGUCAGAUUGUCGAGGGCAAAGCACCCAAGAAGAACUCCGCAGAUGCUUUCAUUUUUACGUUGAGUUAUUUUGUAAAUUCGAUGUUUCCUCACUGCCGAAGGAGUCCAUGAGCUUUCAGAUUCACAAAAAAAGAAAGUUUUUGGAGAGCAUGCAAGCUGACACUCAUUCUGGACUACUGAAAUGCAUUUCUGAAAAUAUCUCGGGUGAAAACGUGGAAGAAAUUGUCAGAACAUACAAAUUCAUUCUGUCAAAUUCACAAUCUGAGAAAAAGCCUGUGAAAGACAGAGUCAAUUUUAUCUAUGCCAUUGUUGCUCUUCAUUGCAUCAAGCCAGACUCAGAUGUCCUUCCUUCAUUUCAAACCCUUCUACGUGAACUCUGUGGGAUUCUUAAGGAUCCAAUUUUGCCCAGAGAGAGCCUGGCUUUGCACUUCAUUGCCAUUGCUCUGUUAUGGCCAUCACAGAAGUGCAGCCCAGAUGUACCAGAAUUUUCUAAGCAGCUGGGAAGUUAUGCGUCACAAAUGUCAAGAGAUUACUGGGACCAGAUGGGACCAGUGUGCCAUAGUAAAUGGCCCAUCAGCCAUUUAUACCUGGGUAAGAAGAAAGGCUACAACCAGUUGAUCCAUCAUAACAAAGUUGUCAGCAGUGUUGACUCAGAAGAAGCCAUCACCUCUUUGUGGGGAAAUGGAACGAUAUGGAAGCAGGAAAAAGUCCAAGACCUCCUUUACAGAGCACAGGGAAAGGUGCUGAAGGACACAAUUCUGUUAGAAACCGAGCAAGGUGUCAAAAUUGAAGUCAAACCCUAUUACAAAAGUCAGAUACGUGGCGGAAGGGGUAACAGCAGAGUUUCAUUCUUCAUUGGCUUUACUAUGAAAGGACCAUUAGCUUUUGAUAUACAGUUUCAGUGAAGGUCUGAGAGUGCUAAUAAACAGUUGUCACUUUUUAAAAUCAUGGCAGACAAAAUCCAGUGUUCAUGACUAGGACUGAUAUUAUAUGGCCUUUCAAUUGCAUCAAGGGAUUGAAGCCCAUUAUUUAACUUUGCUAAAGCCAAAAAUGUUUAGGAAAUUCAUCAAUAUAUCAUGUUUAACUGAGUAAAACUUAGCAACCCUGUGCUGUUUCAUUCAA